AAGUCUCAGUCGUGGAUGGAUGUUCUCACUGAGGCAGGACGCGCGCUGUGGGGAAGCAGAACCACUGUGUGUGGGGGUUUUCGUGGAUUUUACGCACGGAUGGCACCGCGGGGCUGGACACGAUGACGCACGCGCCCACUUUGUUCGACUUUUCCUGAAAGAGAGAGAGAGUGAGUGAGUGUGUGGGAGAGAGAGAGAGAGAGAGAGAGGCAGACGGAGACUUAUGAGUUGGUGUGAGGCGUCCACUCGCGGCCGUGUCUCCUGUCCACUCCGCUGCUGCGCGCUCUCCGUGGCCGUUGUCGCUCUCCUCCUCCGCGGGACUUCGUGACGCUGGGAUGGGAUGCAGGAGCGCGCUGGGAUGCUGCCUGCUGGCGGCGCUGUCCUGCGGCUGCCUCCUCCUGCUCUUGCUGCUCCCCGGCUGCUGUGGGAACAUCACCGUGGCCGUGAUGCUGCCGGACAACCACCACAAGUACCCGUGGGCUCUGCCGCGCGUCUUCCCCGCCAUCCUCAUGGCGCACGAGGACCUGCACGGCAAACACGGGCUGCUGCUCGGCCGCACCAUCAACAUCCUCAACUACAGCACCGAGGACCCCGCCGCGGGCUCGUGCGCCGAGAGCCGCGCGCAGGUGGUCGCCGUGGACGCCAAGCUCUACAUCCGACCGGACGCCUUCUUCGGACCCGGGUGCGUGUACCCGCUCGCCUCCGUUGGGCGUUUCGCGUCCCACUGGAAGCUGCCGCUGAUCACGGCGGGGGGCCCCGCGUACGGCUUCGAUAAGCGGGACGAGUACCGCACCAUCGUGCGCAGCGGACCCUCCACCACCAAACUGGGAGACUUCGCCAACGUCCUGCACACGCACUUCAACUGGACGUCGCGCGCCGUGGUCAUUUUCCACGACCUGCGGCAGGACGACCGUCCGCACUACUUCCUGUCUGAGGGGAUUUACCUGAACCUGAAGGACGUGAUGAACGUGACCGUGGAGGCGCAGCCGUACGAGAACGACUUCAACGACUACAAAGACCUGAUCGCCUUCAUGAAGGAGAACGGAAGAAUCAUUUACAUCUGCGGUCCUCUGGAGACGUUCCUCAACAUCAUGAAACUGUUCCAGUCUGAGAUCCCGGACCCAGAGAACUACGCCAUCUUUUAUCUGGACGUGUUCGCCGAGAGCCUGGCUGAUCGCAAACCGUGGCAGAACGCCGACUCCAACUGGGCGGAUCCCAUCAAGGUCUUUAAGUCCGUGAUGGUGAUCACAUACCGGCCUCCUGAUAAUCCCGAGUACAAAGUCUUCCAGAAGAGACUUCACGCCAGAGCUCAGAGGGAUUUCGGAGUGCAUUUGGAACCAUCACUGAUGGACUUCAUCGCCGGCAGCUUCUAUGAUGGUUUCGUGUUGUACGCCAAGGCCUUGGAGGAGACACUGGCGGAGGGCGGAGCCCAGAACGACGGCAUAAACAUCACGAUGAGGACGCAGAACCGACGACUCUGGGGAGUGACGGGACUCGUGACCACGGAUCACAAAAACGCCCGGGACAUUGACGUCAACCUGUGGGCGAUGACUGACCAGGAGACGGGGGAGUACGGGCUCGUUGCGUACUACAACGGCACCAACAAGGAGAUCAUCUGGUCGCAGACAGAGAGGAUCCACUGGCCCAGCGGGGGUCCACCACUGGACAACCCUCCCUGUGUCUUCUCCAAGGACGACCCCUCCUGCAACGAUGAUCAUCUGCCGGUGCUGGGUAUCGUCGCUGUGGGCUCCGGCUUGGCGCUCAUCAUCUUCGGGAUCUCCAGUUUCCUCAUAUACAGGAAACUGAAGCUGGAGAAGGAGUUGGCCGGGAUGUUGUGGAGGAUUCGCUGGGAGGAUCUUCAGUUCGAGAGUCCCAACAAGUAUCACAAACGAGCCGGGAGUCGCCUCACCCUCUCACAGAGAGGCUCCAGCUACGGCUCCUUGAUCACUGCCCAUGGAAAAUAUCAGCUAUUUGCAAAAACGGGCUAUUUUAAGGGAAACUUGGUGGCCAUCAAACACGUCAACAAGAAGAGGAUAGAGCUGACCAGACAAGUGUUACUGGAACUCAAGCAUAUGAGAGACGUUCAGUUCAACCACCUGACCCGGUUCAUUGGGGCCUGCAUUGACCCGCCCAACAUCUGCAUCGUCACAGAGUACUGUCCCAGAGGCAGCCUGCAGGACAUUCUGGAGAACGAGAGCAUCAACCUGGACUGGAUGUUCCGAUAUUCUCUCAUCAACGACAUCGUGAAGGGAAUGAACUAUCUCCACAACAGCUACAUCGGCUGCCAUGGAAAUCUGAAGUCAUCUAAUUGCGUGGUGGACAGUCGAUUUGUUUUGAAGAUCACGGAUUACGGCUUGGCCAGCUUCCGCUCGUCCUGCGAGAACGAUGACACGCACGCACUCUACGCAAAGAAGCUGUGGACAGCCCCCGAGCUCCUCAUAUACGACCGCCAUCCGCCUCAGGGCACGCAGAAGGGCGACGUGUACAGUUUUGGCAUCAUACUGCAGGAGAUAGCGCUGAGGAACGGGCCUUUCUACGUGGAGGGCAUGGACCUCAGCCCCAAAGAGAUCGUACAGAAGGUGAGGAACGGUCAGAAGCCGUACUUUCGGCCCACGACGGACAACAGAUGCCACUCGGAGGAGCUGACGAUACUGAUGGACGGCUGCUGGGCCGAGGACCCGGCGGAGAGGCCCGACUUUGGACACAUCAAGAUCUACAUGGCCAAACUCAACAAAGAGGGCAGCACCAGUAUUCUGAACAACCUGCUGUCCAGGAUGGAGCAGUACGCCAACAACCUGGAGAACCUGGUGGAGGAGCGGACACAAGCGUACCUGGAGGAGAAAAGGAAAGCCGAAAACCUCCUCUAUCAAAUUUUACCACAUUCAGUAGCAGAGCAGCUGAAGCGAGGGGAGACGGUGCAGGCCGAGGCCUUCGACAGCGUCACCAUCUACUUCAGCGACAUCGUGGGCUUCACGUCCAUGUCUGCGGAGAGCACGCCGCUGCAGGUCGUCACUUUGCUGAACGAUCUCUACACCUGUUUUGACGCCAUCAUCGAUAAUUUCGAUGUUUAUAAGGUGGAGACCAUCGGCGACGCCUACAUGGUCGUGUCUGGGCUGCCGGUGCGGAACGGGAAACUCCACGCCAGAGAGAUCGCGGGGAUGUCGUUAGCUUUGUUAGAGCAGGUGAAAACGUUCAAGAUCCGCCACAGACCCAACGACCAGCUGAGACUCAGGAUAGGUAUUCACACAGGUCCAGUCUGUGCCGGCGUGGUCGGCUUAAAAAUGCCCAGAUAUUGUUUGUUUGGAGACACGGUCAACACGGCGUCACGGAUGGAGUCCAACGGAGAAGCCUUGAAAAUCCACGUUUCCUCGGCCACCAAAGAAGUUCUCGACGAGUUUGGUUACUUUGAUCUCCAGUUACGAGGAGACGUAGAAAUGAAGGGUAAAGGUAAAAUGAGAACGUACUGGCUUCUCGGGGAGAAGACGGACGUGUACGUCAUCUGAGCGGCUGACGAGCAGCGACAUCUUUAUUUGUUCUAGAAUAAGUCUUUAAAAAUCAACGACAACACACACACACACACACACACACACACACACACACACACACAGACAGAGGGAAUUCCAGGUAUAUUUAUUACCUGCAUAUUGUAACUGUUUUUGUAUGAAGAACAUUUCUGUUCUCACUGAUAGAGAAAAUAAAUUCUUAUUUUUUGUGCUUUCUAUAUUAAGAUUUGUAUCACGUGUUUGGAAGUCAACGAUGUUAUUAAUAUUAAUAUUUUGCAAAAACGUUUGGACACGUAACAAUCACGAGUCUCUGCAGGGGUUUGAUCCGCCGUCGUACAACAGUAUGUCUGUAUAUAUGUAUAUCCAAGAUACUGUAAGAUAUUUUGUUCAAUAAACCGAGUGAAAUACUCUGCUUUUUCCAUU